CCAAUUUGGAGUCCAGCCCACCCGACGUGCACUCCUGAUUCCUUUCGGUUCUAAGUCCAAUAUGGCAACUCUCAAGGAUCAGCUGAUUCAGAAUCUUAUUAAGGAAGAACAUGUCCCCCAGAAUAAGAUUACAGUGGUUGGUGUUGGUGCUGUUGGCAUGGCCUGUGCCAUCAGUAUCUUAAUGAAGGACUUGGCAGAUGAAAUUGCUCUUGUUGAUGUCAUAGAAGACAAACUGAAGGGAGAGAUGAUGGAUCUCCAACAUGGCAGCUUUUUCCUUCGAACACCAGAAAUCGUCUCUGGCAAAGACUGUAAUGUGACAACAAACUCCAGGCUGGUUAUUAUCACAGCUGGGGCAUGCCAGCAAGAGGGAGAAAGCCGUCUUAAUUUGGUCCAGUGUAAUGUGAACAUCUUUAAAUUCAUCAUUCCUAAUAUUGUAAAAUACAGCCCAAACUGCAAGUUGCUUGUUGUUUCCAAUCCAGUGGAUACCUUGACCUAUGCAGCUUGGAAGAUAAGCAGCUUUCCCAAAAACCGUGUUAUUGGAAGCGGUUGCAAUUUGGAUUCAGCCCGGUUCUGUUACCUCAUGGGGGGAAGGCUGGGAAUUCACCCAUUAAGCUGUCAUGGGUGGAUCCUUGGGGAGCAUGGAGACUCUAGUGUGCCUGUAUGGAGUGGAGUGAAUGUUGCUGGUGCCUCCCUGAAGAAUCUGCACCCCGAAUUAGGCACUGAUGCAGAUAAGGAACAGUGGAAGGCAUGCAGAUACACUUUGGGGGAUCCAGAAAGAGCUGCAGUUUUAAAGUCUAAUAUACCACUUCACUGUCUAGGCUACAACAGGAUUUUAGUUGAAGGUUGUGCAUAUUGUCCUUUAUAUCUGAUCUGUGACUAAAGCAGUAACGUUAAGACAGCCUAGGAAAAACAUCAGUUUCCUAACAUUAGCAAUAGGAAUGGUUCAUAAAACCCUGCAGCUGUAUCCUGAUGCUCCAUGGCACUCAUCUUGUGUGUUCCUAAAUUGGUUCGUGCAAAAUAGUUCUACUUCCUCAAGUGGUACCACUGACAGUGUUGCAGAUGUUGCAGUUGCCCUUCAAACCAGAUGUGUAUUUAACUCGUGUUAUAUAACUUGUGGUUUCUUUAGCCAAGAUGCCUAAUCCAACUUUUUUUCUCCAAUUAAUCACAUUCUGGGAUUGAUUAUAAAUCCAGUAUUGUAUGUCUUGUGCAUAACUGUUCUAAAGAAUCUUAUUUUAUGUACUAUAUGUGUCAGAAUAGUAUACACUGCCAUGUAAUGUAAAAAAGAAAAAUCUACAUAAAUAAUGCAGCCAACUAUCUAAGUGUUAUACCAACUAAAACAAUAAAUAAACCUUGAACAGUGGGAAAAAAAAUAAAAGAAUCCGCCUGCCAAUGCAGGAGACACGGGUUUGAUCCCUGGUCUGGGAAGAUCUCACAUGCCACUGAGCAGCUAAGCCCAUGUGCCACAACUACUGAGCCUGCGCUCUAGAGCCUGCGAGACACAACUACUGAGCCUGCAUUCUAGAGCCCGUCAGCCACAACUACUGAGCCUGUGUGCCUAGAGCCUGUGCUCCACAACAAGAGAAGCCACUGCAAUGAGAAGCCUGCACAUCUCAACGAAGAGUAGCCCCUGCUUGCAUCAGCUAGAGGAAGCCCGUGUGCAGCCAUGAAGAUGCAAUGCAACCAAAAAUAAAGUAAGGUUUAAAAAAUAAAUAUUAAAAAAAAGAAACAGCUAAAAUAUGUUACAAUUUCAAAAUAAAAA